GAAGUGGCGUUUCGUCAUUUCUUCCACGGCGGCCGUGACGUGGCAUUACGCAAGCGCAGAGCCGAAAGGGCUUCCUGACUCCCGACGAGCAUCACACCGACACAACUUUACACAUUAGGAUUAUUCCCGUAGUUUUAGCUGAUUCGUCUCCUUCAUCAUGGGUCUGACCAUCUCGUCGCUCUUUAGCAGGCUGUUCGGAAAGAAACAGAUGAGGAUUCUCAUGGUGGGGCUGGAUGCUGCCGGCAAAACCACGAUACUGUACAAACUCAAACUAGGAGAAAUUGUGACCACCAUUCCAACCAUAGGUUUUAAUGUAGAAACUGUUGAAUACAAGAACAUCUGCUUCACCGUGUGGGAUGUCGGUGGCCAGGAUAAGAUUCGUCCUCUCUGGAGACACUAUUUUCAGAACACACAGGGUCUGAUCUUUGUGGUGGACAGCAAUGACAGAGAGAGAGUGGCAGAAUCUGCUGAGGAGCUUUCUAAAAUGUUGCAGGAAGAUGAACUGAGGGACGCCGUGCUGCUGGUUUUCGCAAACAAACAGGAUCUGCCUAACGCCAUGGCUGUCAGUGAACUCACAGACAAACUUGGGCUGCAGAGUCUACGCAGUAGAACGUGGUAUGUCCAAGCGACCUGCGCUACACAGGGCACUGGACUCUAUGAAGGACUGGACUGGUUAUCCAAUGAGCUCUCCAAACGCUAGUGAGGCUUUUAGGGGUGAGAUGGUGCGUAUGAACCAAUGCAAAGGCUAGAGACUCCUCUUAGAAUUUUUAAGUGUGUGACACAGCUGGAAAAUGGGGAGAAACCAUCAAACACUCUGCGCCUGUCUUAGCUUUCCUUUUCUACAAUAUAUUUCUUUGCCCAAGGCUGUCUGUUUCUUUUCUUAUUUUUUGUUUUGUUUUAAACCCAACAAAAACAAUUUUUUAUUAUUUUUUUUUUUUCAUUUUGCGAGAGGAAAAAUGUUUUGAAGGACCUUCCUUCACUAUGGCUUUUUCAGUUUCUCAGAAAGUCCUCAUGCAAAACCAAAAACACUGGAGUCCCUGAUCAGUGAGCAGGGUUAUUGGUUUUGCUUUAGUCUGAUCAGCAUCGUUUAUCUGAGAAUUUGUUGUCAAGCUCACUGGAGAAUCUCUGGGGUUAGUAAUAUUUCAGAACUGGACUUUACGUGUGGAGUCGUUUGGCGAAUCAAAGCCAUGCCUGUUCCGUCAGUACUUAUAGAUAUGCAAGCUGUAAAGUUUGUUACAUUGCAUUAUCCGCUGUAGUGGCGUGGAGUCCUGUGGUCCUUCUAAACAUUAUCCUUGUCUGCAUGAGUUUACUACUUCUGGGUCUUGGAUUAAAUUCCCCUCAUCAACAGCACAUGGCAUGAGUGGCAUGAAAAGGUUAAGUUUCUUUUAUUAGGUUAGUUUUUUCCGCACAAUCCAUUGCUGUUUGUGGCAAAUGUUUGAGUGACCCAAAACACUGGUCAGAGUCAAAGGGAACGUGAUGUUCUUUAGCCACAACGACACAAUGAAGGUCUUUCCAUUAUAAUUCAAAGUUGAAAUUGAUUGACGUGUUUUAUGUUUGUCACGCCAUGUGAAAUGUUUUGCUCAGGCGUGUUUCUUGAGCUUAUCAUUAUCUGUGUCUGAAUCUGACUGCUGAAUGCAGGUUUAAUGUAUUGAUGAAUUCCAUGUCUGGUUGAAAUGGUUUGCUUUCCUAAACUGAUGUGUAACAGAUACAAUCUAUUUUACCCUAUUAUCAUGACAAAUUUGUGUAUUAUAUGUAUCAUAUUGUUUUAGAAUAAAACAUAAUCGUGAACUUAUCAUCGUGUUGAAUGUAAUAAAUCUAUUGUGAUCCUUAUGUGCAGAAUUUAUAUGCAUAAAUGCCGUCCCACUUUUUGGGAGCAAAAAUCAUUUAUAUAUAGUCAUGGCCAAAAAUAUCGGCACUGUCAGAAAAUGCAACCAACAGAACCCAACAAAAAUGCACUGGACAAAAUUAUUGGCACCCUUAACUUAAUAUUUGGUAGCACCCCCUUUGGGAAAAAAAUAACUGAAAUCAAUCGCUUCCUGUAACCAUGAAUGAGUUUCUAACACCUCGCUGCUGGAAUUUUGGACCACUCUUCUUUUGCAAACUGCUCCAGGUCAUUCAGAUUUGAAGGAUGCCUUCUCUCAGCUGCUGUUUUGAGAUCUCUUCACAGGUGUUCUAUGGGAUUCAGAUCUGGACUCAUUGCUGGCCAUUUCAGAACUCUCCAGUGCUUUGUUUGUAACCAUUUCUGAGUGCUUUUUGAAGUGUGUUUCGGGUCAUUGUCCUGCUGGAAGACCCAUGACCUCUGGUGGAGACGCAGCUUUCUGACACUGGCCACUACGCUGCACCCCAAAAUUCUUUGGUAAUCAUCAGAUUUCAUGAUACCGUUCACACAGUCAAGGCAUCCAGUGCCAGAAGCAGCAAAGCAACCCCAAAACAUCUUUGAACCUCCACCAUGUUUGACUGUAGGGACUGUGUUCUUUUCUUUGAAGGCCUCGUUUAUUUUUUUCUGUAAACAGUGCCAUGAUGUCCUUUACCAAAAAGCUCUACUGGAUCUCCUACCAUAGCGUCCCUUUUCAUUCAGAUGGCGACGGAUAGUGCGAGCUGACACUGUUGUACACUGUGUCUGCAGAUCAGCUUGAAUUUGUUUGGAAGUUAAUCGGGGUUCUUUAUCCACCAUUCGAACAAUCCUUUGUUGUAAUUUUUCAUUAAUUUUGCUCUUCCGUCCACGUCCAGGGAGGUUAGCUACAUGUCAAGGGCUGUAAACCUCUUGAUGAUAUUGCGCACAGUGGACACAGGAACAUUAAGAUCUCUGGAGAUGGACUUGUAGCCUUGAGAUUGUCCAUGUUUUUCCACAAUUUUUUCUCUCAAAUCCACAGACAACUCUUUACACUUCUUCCUUUUCUCCAUGCUCAGUGUGACACACAACACAAAGGUUGAGUCAACUUUUCUCCAUUUUUAACUGGUUUGCAAGUGUGAUUACUAUAUUGCCCACACCUGUUACUUGCCACAGGUGUGUCUAAAUACAAAUUACAGGAGCAUCACAUGCUUGAAAAGCAAUUAUUUCUUACAAUUUUGACAAGGUGCCAAUAAUUUUGUCCAGUCCAUUUUUGAGUUCUGUGAAAUUUGAUCAAGUUUGACUUUUCUUCUGUUUUUUUUGUGUUGUUGCAGUGCAAACAAAAACGAUAAGCACAUGAAUACCAAAACAUUUGCAAUCUGAACAAUUUUCUGAGAGAAGUGUUGCAUUUUCUGACAGAAUUGCAAGGGUGCUGAUAUUUUUGGCCAUGACUGUAUAAAAUAUGUAAUUUAUAGUCAUUGAUUUAUGUUUCCACCCAUUCAGAAGUCUUUUCAUGUUUAUAAUCUUUGUCAGAACAUUUAGAAAAUGUCUCCUUGUAUUUAAUCUGCUGCAUUAAUGCAUCAAUCCAGCAGAUGGCACCUGGAAUUAAAAACUUCAGUCAACUCGCCAAGACUGAACAGUAUAACUAAAAUAAUCACAACUGUUUUCCAAUACAAAUAUCUAAACAACCUUAUAUCAAGAUGCCUUUACUUCUUGCAAGAUGAAGAUAUGAAGUCUUGUUUCCUGAGAAACUACAAAAUUAAACGAAUUUAAGCUUAAAGAACAAAUGUCAACUGGGAAUGAACACUUGUUUUCCCUUUGAUUUAAGUAGAUUUGUCUGAGCAUAUUUGUUUUGGUUUUAAUCAUAAAUUCACUUAAUUUUGUUCAGUUUCUCAUAUAACAAGAUGUAUGUCAUUUUGCAUCUUGAGUAAAUGUAUGCUGAUUUAUGAAUCUUUAGUCAUGUGCACUGAAAAUCAGGAUAGGCAACAUCGGUCCUGGAGUGCCGAUGUUUAGCUCCAACCUUGGAAAAAAAAAAAACCUCACCUGCCUGUAGCCCUAGUAAUUCUGAAGAUCUUGAUUAGCUUGUUCAGGAGUGUUUGAUUAGGGUUGGAGCUAAACUCUGCAGGACCGACAUUGCCUAUCUCUGGACUAAACACUGGUGAAGAAUGUAAUUUUUACAGUAUGAUCUUAAAAAGGUCUUAAAUUUACAUUCAUAAAACCUGAACCUAAUUACAUCAGCAUCUUAUUGUAAUUAUAUGAGCUAUUACUGUUAUGUUAGUUAUUGAAGCUGCUAGAGUAUAUCCCUAUGUUUUGAAGCUGCUAGAUUAAUUUUAGUGAAUUGGUAAAGGAAUGAAUUUAAUACAAUGUGUAUGGUGAGGGAUCGACAGAGUACAAGACAUAAAAACAACUUGAGUACCUUUAAUGUAUGCGAUAAGAAACAUACUGAGAAACCAAAAGUAAGAGCAGAACUUAGUUAUUUAUCACAGUAAACUCAACCACAGUUGUAAACAUCACUGAUAUCAUGAGAACUGCCCUAUUGCAUGUGUUUGUCUCCUAUCAAUCACGAUUAGAUUUGGGUGUGGAGAUCAUUCCAGGACAACUCCUGCUCACAUGACAGGUUUUGUUUUUGUUUGUUCUGUUACAUAGAGAGGAGGUGGCCCGUAUUCACAAAACAUUUUAUCUUACCACUAAGAGUUCUCCUAAAUUGCAGUAAAAGUUUUUAGCUAAGAAUUUUCUCUUAAACCUAUUCACAAAGCUGCUGAGACAAACCUUUACUAGGGAAUAGAGAGAAGUCUUAAGCUAAGAGUAAGGGCAGGGUUGACCUUGUUGCUAUGGAGGAUGUCAGCAUGCUUAUUAACUGCACACAGUGAUUGGCUGAUAGUCUCUGUCAGAGAUUUAUUCAUAGAAAUAUUGUAGAGCACAAUUUUAUGUUGCCAUAUUCAACUAGAGGUUUAAAGGUAAAAAUGUUGCCACAUUCAAAUAAAGAAUUAAAAAAAAAUAAUAAUGCAGGCUAAUUGUCAGCCUCUUACAUAUGUGCAUCUUGUAAACAAUUAGUGGAUAUGCAUAUAAACCCUCCUCAUAAACAACAUUGGUUUUGCUUGGUUUAAUAACAAACUGUUAUUAAAUUUGGAGUUGGGAUAACCUCCAAAACCAAAGGUGAUACCUUUUUAAAAGCUCAUUAUCGUCAAAUGUUUCGAAAAUGUUUACGUUCCGAGGCAGAUUGCCAGCAACAGCCAUUUUAGGAUGAUUGUGGUUUGGUCUUAGUGACUAAGGAGUCCUCUUCACUACUCCUCUAACGUUUCACAGAUUUAGGAGCUAGUUUUAGCGCGCAAAUGCUUUGUGAAAUACUCUUAGAGCAAAAAUUUAGGACUGGCACGCCCAUUAUUUUAAAGAUUUUUUCCUAAAUCGGCAAGUUAUGAGCUACUUUUAGCCUUAAGAUGUUUUGUGAAUAUGGGCCCUGGUCUGGUGCAACUCUGUAUGUUCUAGAUUCAUCUUCUUUGUUUUGAGCUAAUGGGGCAGAUGCGCUGAAUUCUUACACAAAGCUGAAUAUGUCACAAAAAGCUGAGGAUCCACUGUUUGGUUUCAGUUGGUUGGAGGAUUCUCAUUCUCAUGGAAUGUUAAAAAAACAAGAACUAUAAGUGUCACAUGAAAUACCACAAUAAAAACAUCUAAAACAAAAGUCACUACUGUAGCUUUCUCUUUACUGAAAAACCAAAACUGAUAUGGAGAGGGAGGAGCAGGAGUUCACUGAGGAAGUAUUGUAGAGUAUUUAAGCAAGAGGAAGCAGAGACCGGUCCUUUCUAUCCUGCAGACUCUCUUGUCUGAGAUGGAGCGGAGAUGGUCUGCUUGUAUGCUGUGAUCUAGUGUGCAGUCUGUUUUAGCUGCCACUAGAUGACUGCUCAUGAGUGGAGACGUCACGCUGCCUAAGGAUCCCUUUGGCUUUGUGCCAAUGCUUGCGUUUAUUAUUUUAUUUUGAGGAGGAGAGGAGGAGAACCCAACCGCCAAGGGAUUCGGGCACUCGGGUCCGCUGCCCUGUUCUAGUGCAUUCUCUGGCAACACUGGAUCUCUGGCUGGGGUCCAGUGGACCUGAAGUGAACAGCACCAGGUCUAUGACCCGCUGACGAAGCACAGAGAACUAGAAGCAACCAUGUUAAUGCAACUGCACGUGAAGUGAACUGAAUGAAACUGAAGCCGACUACUACCCUUAAACCCCCUUUUUUCGGCUUCUGGUUGUCUGUUGCUUGGUUGGCAGGUUAUGGGGAUGGCCUGCUGUGAAACCAACCUAUAUAUAUGUAUAUUUGAAGGCUGAGCGCAACUUUUUCAAAAAAAAAACAAUAAAAAUAGAAAAACCUGAAACUGAAA